GCCUGCCUAGCCACAGUCCGUAUCGUACGUGGCGAAGCGGUUAAUGAAAGAACAAUCAAAUAAAAUAAAAUUUUCGAUUAGAAAGUGUUGUGUAUACGCGCAGAUUUCCGCGCCAGAACAAGUGACAGUGACAAAUUCUUGUGUUUGUGAUCUGUGACUUUUUUUCUUUUUGGAUCAUCUACAUUAGAAUAUCGAACACUCGAUAAAAUGGCAGCACUCAACCAUAAUAAUAAUAAUAAUGUACGACCGGAUAGACUGCGGCAAAUGUUCAGUUGGACUGGAGAGACCUCGCCUCCGUCGCCGCUGGGCGACGAGAAGGAGUCGAAGAUGAGCCAGAUACAAUUUUCCCCGCCGAGCGAUAAACAAAAUACACUGGCUUUACAAAAGCGGGCGGAGGCGGUGUGCGUGCAGAAUGCAUACAAACACUAUGGAUCCAACAAACGACCGAACCAUGUUCUUAGUAAACUAAACAUGACCGUCAAAAAGGGCACAAUAUAUGGUCUACUAGGCGCGUCAGGGUGCGGCAAAACGACUCUUCUCUCCUGCAUUGUGGGUAGACGGAAACUCAAUAGCGGAGAUAUUUGGGUGCUGGGUGGAAAGCCAGGCACAAAAGGUUCCGGUGUUCCCGGAAAACGAGUUGGGUACAUGCCCCAAGAAAUAGCUCUUUAUGGAGAAUUCACCAUCAAAGAAACGAUGAUGUACUUCGGUUGGAUCUUCGGUAUGGAGACCAGGGAGAUCGUGGAGCGAUUGCGGUUUCUCCUAGACUUCCUUGACCUACCCAGUGAGAAUAGAAUGGUUAAGAACUUGAGUGGUGGACAACAGCGGCGUGUCUCGUUCGCCGUGGCAUUGAUGCAUGAUCCUGAACUGUUGAUCCUUGAUGAACCCACCGUGGGCGUCGACCCUCUUCUAAGACAGUCUAUCUGGACCCAUCUGGUGCGAAUCACCAGCUCCGGAGAUAAGACUGUUAUCAUUACAACCCAUUAUAUUGAAGAGGCCAGGCAGGCGCAUUGUAUUGGUUUGAUGCGUAGUGGCCGCUUGCUGGCCGAGGAUCCACCGCAGGCACUCCUCAGAAUGUACAACUGCAUAUCCCUUGAAGACGUCUUCCUCAAAUUAUCUAGGAAACAAGGACAAGGCAACCAGGUACCAGAAAUAACAGUAUCGGGCGGAGGCCUAGGACUCAACAAGAUGUCUAAACGGGAAGAAGCUCCCUACGCCAAUGAAGACGCGCAAGUCAUCGGGCUAAACUUCCACCAGAGCAAGGAGGUUCUGAUUGUUGACAACGGAGUUGGUUCCAAUGGAGAUUUGCCAGGAAAAAUAUCAGAGGCUGCAACAGACUGUACCGAUUGCGCUGGUAGAUUUAGUUUCACAUCCCGAGGUAAAAUUAAGGCGUUGAUUCAAAAGAACUUCUUGCGGAUGUGGAGAAAUAUCGGUGUGAUGCUAUUCAUCUUUGCCUUACCCGUGAUGCAGGUCAUACUCUUCUGUUUGGCAAUUGGACGAGACCCAAGCGGACUUAAACUGGCUAUUGUAAACGACGAUGUUAAUGUGUUCGACGGCUACUGUCCAUACAACGCUUCGUGCUCUAUGAAGAAUCUGUCUUGCCGGUAUUUGGACAAUUUGAAAAAUGACUCAAUCAUCAAAAACUAUUAUAUUAACCUAGACGAUGCAAAACAAGCUGUGCGGGAAGGAGAUGCCUGGGGAGUCAUCUAUUUCAAUGAGAAUUAUACCGACUCCUUGGUUGCGAGACUGGCUUUAGGUGACACGGCUGACAAUGAGACAAUAAUGUCAUCAGAGGUGGAAGUUUGGCUGGACAUGUCCAAUCAGCAAAUUGGUUUGAUGCUAAGUAGAGACAUACAAUUCUCUUACAGGGACUUCGCCAAGGGUCUUUUAUCGACAUGUAACUACAAUCCUAAAGUGGGCGACAUUCCAAUCGACUUCAAGGAUCCUAUUUACGGUGAUACAAAUCCUUCCUUCACUGAUUUCGUCGCGCCGGGGGUUAUUCUAACAAUCGUGUUCUUCUUGGCUGUAGCUCUCACUUCGUCUGCUCUCAUAGUGGAACGUACAGAGGGUCUAUUGGAUCGUUCCUGGGUGGCCGGUGUUUCCCCAGGGGAGAUUUUAUUCUCUCACGUGGUGACCCAGUUUGUAGUGAUGUGUGGACAGACAGCGUUGGUGCUCAUUUUCAUGAUACUCGUCUUUGGAGUGAAGAGUAAUGGAAACAUCGCGUAUGUCGUCAUGCUGACGCUUUUGCAAGGACUUUGUGGAAUGUGCUUCGGCUUCGUGAUAUCAGCUGCCUGCGAGCUCGAACGAAACGCCAUCCAGCUUGCCCUAGGUUCAUUCUACCCUACUCUACUUCUCAGUGGGGUAAUUUGGCCCAUCGAGGGUAUGCCAUGGAUCCUACGAUACGUGUCUACUUGUUUACCCUUGACCCUCGCUACCUCGUCACUAAGAUCCAUAUUGACCCGCGGUUGGCCCAUAACUGACCCUGAUGUCUAUAUGGGCUUUGUUUCGACUAUACUGUGGAUUUCUUUAUUCUUAGUCCUUACUCUAACGAUUUUGAGGUUCAAACGGGGUUAAAUUAGUUUUUUUUUAUUUAUAAAUGUUGCUUUGUAAAAACCCAGUACCAUAUAGCUAUGGUCUUUGUACCUAGUUUGAUAUUUAAAACCAGUUGUUUCAUACGAAAUGUUGUAAUAGAACCAAACAGUGAAAAAAUAUUUAAAAUUUUACCCAUCUAUGAUCCAAGAAAAUAGUUCUGACUAUUGGGUUUUUACAUAACAACGAUGUAUUAUUUAUUUUUCUGGGUUUUGUAUGCAAGUACUUUUUUAUCUGCUGUAUAUGGCAACCCUUAUUAUACUGCUGUAUCGUGGAAAUAAUUUGCUCAAACUGCUAUGAACAAUGUGUGAAAUCUUUAUAACCAAGAAUAAAAUUAAAAAUAUGGAUACUUAUGUAUUUACAUGUUCGGAAACUAUAUGUGGAAAUUUGUCUACAAACCAAAUCGGUUAAAAUUGAUUUCACACCUGCCUGGCUUAUAUUGAUGAAAUUAGAUUAUAUUCUGUGCUAAUCCCGCCAAAAUAAGCCAGGCCUUAGAGUAAAUGACUUUUAGUCAAUGUAAAUAGUAGAAUAAUACUAUAAGGUUUUAGGGAUGUUAGCAAUUAUGAUUUGUCCAACGCUUUUCUUAGGGUCCCUUUCAUACAAGGAAGGAUAAGGACCCAAAAAUAUUAUCUUAUUAUUACCAGAGUUUUAAUUCCCUUUUAACAAUAGACUAUAAAAUUGUCGCAACUUCAUACAUUUCUUAUAGCUAAUUUAAUAUUUUAUAUUAAUGCUGGUAUCUCCCUGGAUGAUUUCUUAUAUCCCCCAUAUAGGACUACGUUAAGUGUCUACGACUCAAAGUUACCAUAGAUUUAGAUGGUGCCAUAAUGGUGAUUUUUUAUCGAACUUUGCGACAAAAUUUUAAUGUAAUCGUUGAUUACAACCUAAGAUUUUGACACUACGCGCCAUCUUCAAUCGAAUUAUGUUCCGUAGAUUAUAAAUAUACACCAACUUGUCAAUGGCAAUAAGAUAAUCUAUAAUGUAUAGUUUGAAAUAAUUUAGGUUUCAUAGAAAUAAGGUUGUAUUUUAGACAUGGCCUACAUAGUAAAUGUUGCCAGGUAUUUUUUAAAUUUUGUAUUUUUUUAAAGAAAAUAUAAUUUCGGUUAAUUUUGAACGGGCAAUACUUAAAUGUAAUUCAAUAGGAGCUAGAUUAGGCUAGAAGUGUCAGACUGUGAUUAUUUUUGCUAACAUUGACAUUUUGUUAUGACAAUUAUACAAUACUGUACCAAAUAAGAUAUUGUGUUUAAUAAUGUAGACCUUUUUAUUUAAAUAAAAUUCCGUACAAUCUGUCA